AUGCAGAUCCCCGAGGAGCACAUGCUGUUUUCAUUGGAUGUGAAAUCGCUGUAUACCAAUGUCCCGGUGCAGUACGCGAUGGAGUGUAUCGAGGCAAGGUGGAGCGAGGUAGCAAGGUAUACGAAGAUUGACAAGCGAAGCUUCUUGGAUGCAACAAGAUUAGUCUUAGACUCUACGUUUUUCAACUAUCGAGGAGUUACCUACACACAAACCUUCGGAGUACCGAUGGGAUCACCGCUGUCUCCGGUUAUAGCGAACAUCGUUAUGGAGCGUUUGGAACAGGAGAGCAUACAGCGGGUGAGUGCAGAACAACUCGAUAUGGUGAUAUACAGGCGGUAUGUGGAUGACUGUUUUUGCGUUGCACGGAGGGAACACGUUGAUCGAAUCUUGGAGAUUUUCAAUGACUUCCAUGAUAGGCUGCAGUUCACUGUGGAGAAAGAGGAACAAGAGCAAAUCAAGUUUCUAGAUAUCAUGGUAACGAGAAAAGAAGGAAUCCUUGAGAAAACGUGGCUACCAAAACAGACGAAGGGACGGUAUCUGAAUUUCAUUUCGGAAAGUCCGAACUCCCACAAACGCAACACUGCGAUUGCCCUAGUGGAUAGGGCUAUCAAGUUGACUGAUGCACAGCACCGCCCUUCGGCCAUCAGUACGGUGAAGGAAAUGUUGAAGUGUAACAAUUACCCUAACUGGUUCAUUCAGAAUGUCUUGAAACAGAGGGUACACAAGCACUACAACGGACUGCAGAACGACAAGGAGGUGGACGAAACGAAGUACAUUCCCACGCCAUAUGUCCCAUGCCUGAGUGAAAAGUUGCAAAAAAUCCUCAAGGAACAGGGCAUAACAUUGGCGGUGAAAGCAAAAUCGAAAUUGAAAAAUGAGAUUUUCGCUAAACUCAAGGACCCGAUCCCACCAGGACAACAUAAAAAUGUGGUGUAUUCGGAAUUGAUACAUGCCAAUGGCAUCGAUCAUUUGUACUCGAUUUGCAAAGAGAUCAAAACCAAAUGGCGUAAAGUUUAUCUUUAA